AUGUACGUUUCAUAAUCCAAAGUAUUAGAAUGUAAGUUCAAACCUAUUAUUAUUAUUAGAAUGUCUAAUUGAUAUAACUAAAUAAGUCUUGGGAGAGUAAAUGGAUAGAGAAAAUAGAGUAGCUAUUCUUAAUCGAAUAAAAGAAAUAACUCUAGAGACAUUCCAAAGACAUUAUUCAGAAGAAAUACUUAUACUUUAACAAGAAUUACGCUAACAAUCUCAAACUAUUGAUAGAAUUAAAAGAGAAUAUUAGGAUAGAGAAUAAUAAUUAUUAAUAGAUAUAGAACAUAGAUUGCAUGAAUAGUAGAUUUUACAAUUAUAAGAGAUAAAAAGACUAUAAUAAUUAUAUGAUGAAUAAAUAGAUAUAAAUAAUAAGCAAUUUAUAACUAUUGAGAAAUUCAAUAAAUAAAUCAAGGAAUCAAAUUUGACAAACUAAUAAUUAAAUUUAGAAUUACAAUAAUUUAAGGAUAAUUAAUAGUCUAUUAAUCUUUAAUCAAGAUAUAAUUCUUUAGAAGGAUAAGAAUAUAAAUAAAAGUCAGAAUAAUUAUAAUCUGCUUAUAAUAUUCUUGAAUAGUAGUUUAAGACAUUAAAAUUGGAAUCUGAUAGAUAAUUGAAAGAGUAUUAAAGAAAAUUAUAAACAGUUACAGAUUAAUAAAUAUUUUAAGAAAGUGAGUUAUCUAAUUAUAAAUUGGAAAUUGAAUAACUUAAAAUUAAAAAAUAAUAGGAAGCAUAAAAAUAAAAGGAAAUUUUAGAAUAAUUAAAAGAAAAAAGUGAAAUAAAAAUUAAAGAAUAUAAAUAGAAAUUGAAAGAUUUAUAAAAUAAGGAUUAACAUAUAUCUGAAUUAUAAGAAUAAAUUAAAGAAUAUGAAUAAUAAAUUGAAUUUUAAUCAACUUAACAUAGAUAAGCAAUCAAAAUGUUAGAAUAAUAAUAUAAGAAAUAAUAUUCAAGAUUAGAAGAAAAUUUAGAAUAAGAAAAGAUAGAAUUAUAAUAACAUUUAACAUAAAGUUUAGAAUGUAUUAUUACUGAAAAAGAUAAAGAAAUAUUAGGAUUAAGUCAAGAUUUAAAAUAAUUAAAAAUAUAAAUAUAAAAUGAAUAAGAAUAAAAAUAAAAAAGUAACUAAAAAUUUGAAGAACUUAUUAUAACAUAUAAGAACUAAGUAGAAGAAUUAUAAAAUUAAAAUUCAGAGUUAAUUUAAAAAAAUAAUAUAAUUGAAUAAGAAAUUAAUAAAAAAGAUUAAAAUCUUAAAUUAUUAUUAGCUGAUGUUGAUGAUUUGAAAUAAUUUUCAGAAUAAACUUUAAAUACUUUGAAAGAGAAUCAAGAUUAUAUGAGUGAAAUUGAAAGAGAAAAAUAAUAAUAAUAAGAAAUUAUUUUAUCUAUUUAACAUUAAUUAGAAAUAGAAAUUUAAGGAUCAUUUUCAUAUAAAAGAUUAGGAUAAGAAUUGGAAAAAAGAUGUAAAUUAUAUAAAGAAGAACAUAAUUAAUUAUUAGAUGAUUAAUUAAAAUAAUAAACAUAAUAUUAAUAUGAAAUUUAAUAAAAAGAAUUAAGAUUUAAAUAAGAAAUAGAAAAUCUGAUUAAAGAAAAUCAAUUAAUUGUUGAAAACUUUGAAAAUUAAUUAAAAAAACUUAAAUUAGAAAAUAAAUUACUUAAUGAAGAAUAAAUAAGAGCUUAUAAUUAAAUCUAAAAAGAAUUACUAUAAAAAAGUUAAAAAGUUGAACAAAUGGAAAAGUAAAACAAUAAUUUAGUAUAAGAAUUAGAAUCCUAUAUAUCUUAAUAUACUAAUACUUUAUAAUAAUUAGAAGAACAAAAAGUUAUAGAAAAGAAUUUAAAUGAAAUUUUAAUUAAAAAUUAAAAUUUAUUGAAUUCAGAGAAACAAUAAUUAAUUAACUAAAAUGAUGAAUUAAAAUUUAAAUAUAGAUCUAUUAAAUAAAAGAUAUAAAGAUUGUUUAUUAAAUAAAAAGAAUAAUUACAUUUAUAAUUAUUUGAAAUGAAAUCUAUCAUUUUGAAUAAAUUAAAAAAUUAUGAUUAUGAAAAUAAACAAUUAAUAUAAAGUUCAGUUAAGAAAUUCAAUUAUGUAUAUAUUAUGUAAUAAUAUUUUAGUUAAUUGAUUAAAGUGUGUAAUAAGAAAAAAGAGAUAAUGAAUUUAUAGUUAUUGAAUUAUAAAAAGAUAUGGAAAAGAAGAUUGAAUAAUUAAAACGAUAAUACAAAUAAAAUGAAUAAUUAAUACAUGAAGAAGCUCAAAUUAAAUUUAAAUAAAAAAUAUAAUAAAUUCAAUAACAGGAUCAAUCUGUUGAUGAUCUAAAAAAUUAAUUGAAUUAUUAUAUUUAAGAAAAUGAACAUCUAUCUUAAAAACUUUAAUUUUAGGAUUAACUUAAUAAUGAAUUAUAGAAAAAAACAGAAUAUGAAUAAAGAUAAUUACAAUAGACAAUUAAAGAAUUAGAAAAUGAAUUGUAAAUAAUUUAUCUAUUAAUAUUAGAAUUUAAAUUCAAUAAUCUGCUGAUUACACAUUAAAAGAGAGAUAAUACCUUGAAUAAAGAUAUAAUGAUCUAAAAGAUAAAUCAGAAAAGAAAAUGGAUUCAAUCUAAAGAGAUUAUCAAUAAUAAAUAUAACAACUCGAAACUAUUAUCUAACCAGUUUAAUAAAGACCUUAAUCUCCUCCUUUGCAUUAACAUUCCUUAUCAUCAAGCUCUGGUUUUCAUCGUUCUCCAAUAUUGUAAUAAAAUCUAUCAUCUACUAAAAGUAUUUUAUGAUAAUUAUAUUUAUAGAACCAUAUUCCAAACCUCCAUAAUAUAGUAGUCCAUCAAUUAGAACACCUCAUAAAUCUCCUUAAAUUGAUAGAACUGAUAAAACUAUUGAAGAAUUGAGAGCUGAAAUUUAAUAAUAAAAAGAGAAACUUUCAAAAAUAAAACUCAAUUUUACAGAAUCUCAAAAAAAAUCUAAAACAUUUUCAAAGUUUUGA